UUUACAUCUUUAUCCUUGCCCACCCGAUGAAAAUAGUACCACGCACACGGGGCCACGGCGAGCGCAGCGCGACGCCGCGGUUCGAACGUUCAGUUAAUUUGACGGAUUCGGACGGUCCCGGAUCGCCUAUCGCGGCGACGGGUGCGCGUCCGCGCGCGGCGCAAGUCGAGCCCGCGAGCCGGCGGAGUGAUACUGAGCGUGGAGCACCUUCCAGCUGUCAAUCCGAAGGAGUGAACUGUUCGAACAUGUCGCGUCGUAAGGGAGCCUUCUGCAACAGCGCGACGGAUUACAUGUCAGAUUUCUGCUCAUGACACCGUGUCGUGACGAAUGGCUUUUUAAAAUAAUAAAAAGCUGCCGUUUUUUUGCCGCUUCUGUGAAGUUGUGUUCGACAAAGUAUAUAUUCCCGCAUUUGCUCUUUUUUGGUCGAGAAAGGCGAUGGAUAUUAUUACUCUCUCUCACCGUAGUGCCUGAGCUGUCUGCAAGCCGUCUACGUGUGGCGGCAUGCGAUCCCCUUGAGUGCAGCGGCACCCUCAGCAGCUGACGGGAUGCCGGUGCAAGCGGCUCAGUGGACGGAGUUCCUCUCCUGCCCCAUCUGCUACAAUGAGUUUGAUGGGAGCGGCCACAAGCCCAUCAGCUUGGGCUGCUCCCACACCGUUUGCAAGACCUGCCUACACAAGCUGCACCGCAAGGCCUGCCCCUUCGACCAGACCGCCAUCAGCACUGACAUCGACCUGCUCCCUGUCAAUUGUGCUCUGCUGCAACUGGUUGGAGCUCAGGUGCCAGAUGCUCAGGCAGCAUCGCUUAACAGUGUGACUGAGAGCAAACACUAUGAAGUGGCAAGGAAGUGUGUGGAGGAGAUGGCACUCUACCUAAAGCCUAUCAGUGGAGGGAAAGGCGUGGCGACCCUUAGCCAGAGCACACUCAGUCGGCCCAUGCAGCGAAAGCUGGUCAUGCUGGUGAACUGCCAGCUGGUAGAGGAGGAGGGGCGGGUUCGUGCCCUGAGAGCUUGCCGCUCCCUGGGCGAGAGGACAGUCACGGAGCUCAUUCUACAACACCAGAAUCCCCAGCAGCUCUCUGCCAACCUGUGGGCUGCUGUGCGAGCAAGGGGCUGUCAGUUCCUAGGACCUGCCAUGCAGGAGGAUGCCCUGAAGCUGGUCCUGCUUGCCCUGGAGGAUGGCUCUGCACUAUCCAGGAAGGUGCUUGUCCUCUUUGUGGUGCAAAAAUUGGAGGCACGCUUCCCCCAGGCCUCUAAAACCAGCAUUGGCCAUGUGGUUCAGCUUCUGUACCGGGCUUCCUGUUUUAAGGUGACUAAGCGAGAUGAGGAUUCAUCGCUUAUGCAGCUAAAGGAGGAAUUCCGCACAUAUGAAGCCCUGCGACGUGAGCAUGAUGCUCAGAUUGUCCAUAUUGCUAUGGAGGCGGGACUGCGCAUUUCACCAGAGCAGUGGUCCUCGCUGCUCUAUGGGGAUCUAGUCCACAAAUCCCAUAUGCAGUCCAUCAUUGACAAGCUCCAGUCCCCCGAAUCAUUUGCAAAGAGCGUUCAGGAGCUGACCAUUGUUCUUCAGAGGACAGGAGAUCCAGCCAAUUUGAAUGGUCUAAGGCCUCAGCUGGAGCUCCUGGCUAACAUUGAUCACAAUCCAGAUGCUGCCUCGCCCACGUGGGAACAGCUGGAGAAGGUGAUGCUGGCAGUCAAAGUGGUGGUCCAUGGCUUGGUUGAUUUUAUCCAAAACUUCAGCAAAAAGAGCCAUGAGACCCCUCAGCCACAACCCAAUAGCAAGUAUAAGACGAGUAUGUGUCGUGACCUGCGUAUGCAGGGGGGCUGCCCUCGUGGGACCAAUUGCACUUUUGCCCACUCCCAAGAUGAACUGGAAAAGUUCAGGAUGAGGAACAAGAAGAUUAGUAAUGCCACUCGACCCUUCCCGCCACCCCAGACAGCUGUAGGGAAAGGAGUGUCGACUGUGGGCACUGCCCCAGUUGGAGGUGUAUCACCUGUAGUCUUGGAGGGCUCGGACAAAGGAGCAUCCUUGACAGAGGGCACAGUACCACCCCAGCUCAUUCCUCGGGGAGGAGACACGCUGGAGGAUUUGAAGAGAGGGGUCCGGAAUGGAUCCAACAGGCUGAGUGGUCCUGGCACUCCCUCCCCAGCUCAGAAAGAACAGAAGUCCAUUUCUCCUCCAAAGACACCUGUCAAUCACAUCUCAGCUACCUCACCUCUUGCCCUCGGCCCCAUGGUGGAUGGCAGCGCCUCGCACCCCAAACCUGGGCAUUUUGUCCUCAGGGGUCCUCUGUACUCUCAGCAACCUGAAGUUUACUGCCAGGAGCCACGGCCCUCCUUUGACACACCUUCCUACCCACCCUCCAGUAAGUCAGAUAGUUACUACACCCCCACUGUGCCCCCACCAAAACCCUGUGUCACUCGCUUUCUGUACUCGAACAACAUGCCUGAAUCGUCACUGCCUCCACCUGUAGCUGGCUAUCCAGAACAGCAUCCAUCCUUCCCACCACGGGAGCGGGCUGGCCUUGGCCCCAGCCAGGCUCCAUAUGGCCCGGGCCUGCAAUAUGGCCACCUGGCCUCGGUCAAUGGUGCCUACGCUCCCGUGUACGACAGCCGCCGCAUGUGGCGCCCACAGAUGUACCACCGGGAGGAUGCACGCAGCAAUUCGUUGCCCCCUGAAGUGCUGCACUCAUCCGUAUACCAGCCCCCAUUGAGAGAGCGUUUCAAUUCGCUAGAUGGACCUUAUUGCACUGCAGGGGAGCAGAGGGCUACACUGCAAAGGGACUCGUAUAGCCGACUGACCAUCGGGUAUGGCGAUUUCAUCAGGCGGAAACCUGAACAGUGGGCCCAGCAGCACAGCAGCAGACCCUCCCCAUCCUCACCUCUCUUCACUGUUGACUUUACUUCGGAGAUCUCAGAAAGUGACUGUGCAGGUUGUAAGUACCGUGGAGAGGAGAACCUGACCCACUACUCGCCCUGGUCCUGUGGCACCAUCAGCACCUGCAUCAACACGGCUGAGUCGGAGCCACGCAGCGUUAUGGCAACAACUGAGCUGGCUGAGGGCUGUGGAGGAAAGCGAAGACUGCAUAUGUUGGAGCCCUACCGCCGGUUGAAGGAAGAGGACCCCAUCAUCCCCUUUGGGGAGGGUCCAAUCAUUUCCAAGUGGGGAGCAAUCUCGCGCGCCUCCCGCACGGAGUACCACACAACGGGCCCAGUGCAGGCCACUGCCUCCCAGGGGAGCGCUACCACCACACCCAUUAACUUCCGAGACUACGGCUCGUACAUGACACACAGUGACUACCGGUGGAGCUCACAAGGGUCUGGGUCCUCCAGUUUUCUUGAAAGUGAUCAGCUUGAUGCCCCAGAGCUUAGAGCCCGGCGAAAGUCUUCCAGCAGCGGAGAGAGCCGGAGUGCAGAUCUGCUGCAGGCUGAUUUCUGUAAAGAUGCUGUGAAUGUUGAUGGUGAGCCGGACAGAGACAUUGAGUUGGAGUUGUCUGCCCUUGACAUGGAAGAUGUUAGCUCACAGGAUGACAAGGCUGAGGAGACACUAGGGCCAGAGUCACAUGGCAGCCAUCUCUCUGAUGGCCUGGUGUCUGGCAACGGACACCAAAGAAACCAGCAAGACCAACUCUCUCCUGACAAGAUGGAAGUUCAUUUGCUAAAAAAGAUGGCCUUCAGGAAGUCCCCAUCCCCUGGAAGGCUUGGCUCAGCUGGGCUCAGCGUCAGUAAGCUGGUAAAGACAGGCCCGCCUGGGGUGGGGGAAGGGCCCUGUCCUGGGUCUGGUGCUGAGAUGCUGCUCAACGGCAGCUGAGGGGUAGGGUGGAGAUAGAAUGCUUUUCUUAGCAAGUAAGAGCCCCUAGCAAAGCCUGCAAUAUCACAUGGUCACAUAAAUACCAUCAGAUGGUCAACAGUCCUAGCGUCAUGUGUCAAGGCCAUAACAACUGUGCUGUUUAGACUGCAGGUAGUGUUGCAUUCUCAAAAAAAUGCCUCAUACCUUCCUGUUUACUGUGGUACAUUUGGUUACACAAAAAGGCCUUUCAAGUAUGUGUUUGUUUUUGUUUACUUUUCUGUAUUUGCAUAUUCACAUUUAGGUCUUACUUUAAAACUCAGUAUUUGCAGUGCUGUAAGAGCUUUGCUGACCAUUGAUGUAUUUUUAAACACUGGAUGGCUUGAGCUUAACAGUAGCAAGGCCUUGCAUUCAUACUGUGUGUAAGUUUUUGUUUUGUUUUUUGUUUUUUUUGGAUUUGCUUUAUGUUCUGCUGAGAGAACAUUAUUGCCAGUAGAUUAGCAAUGAAACUACACAGUGACACUUUAGAUAUGUUCCCUUUAUUGGUGAAAGAGAUCAAAUGUCUGUGCAGGUAGGACUGUGUAUGUGACACAGAUUAGUCAUGUAACAAAAGAAAUGUUCCAGUUCCUUGCAGGUCAGCACUGAAAUCUCCUCUUAUCAAACUGCAUCAUGUAUUCUGACUUGACACAUAUUUUACAGCUCUUCUUAAAUUGUUUUACCUUUAUUCUUCUGACUUGUAGCACUGGUUGAAAUGAAGUUUAGUAAGGCACUUAUUACAAGAGACAAAAGUUGCCAUUUAGGUAGGUCAUGCUUACCUUUGUGCAAGUUCUUAAUGGCUUCUAAUUGUUUAUUUAUCACAAGUUAUUUCUUUACACUGUUCUGCAAACAUGCGGAAAACAGUAAUAGUGCUCUGAUCAGACAGCUAAACGGAAGAUGACCUGUUCACCAUUAGUGGUUACUGAUUAGAAUAUAGCAUUACAGGAAUUGCAGUUACAGAAGUUAUGUUUUAUAUUCUUAAAUUAUGCAAAUGUUUGUGUUUACUUUCCAAGGUAAUUCUGUAGUAAUUGAAUGACAAUUAAUAUAGGCUGCACAUCAAGUAUAUUCUUUUUUGUGUAAGGACAUUUUCAAAUCUAUUAUCACAAUAGACAACAUAAGGUUAUGUAAACACCAGUACCAAAACUAUAUCUAAAUUUGAAUAUAAAAUAAAUUGUGUUUAGCAUACAUUACUAUAAUAUUGAGAUAACAUCUUUCUCAGAAAGUUUUAAUUUAAAAUAAAUCAGAUC